UAUAAAUCGUCGCUUCAGCUUUGCCGAAUUUCUACGAUGCUAAAACAUUAUAUCGUUGUAUUUUUAUUAAAUUACAUUGUAAUGUGUAACAACGUUGACGCGUGGAAUUCUUUAAGAAGGUAUCGACAUUUUUGGCAAGCAAAUAAUUAUCCUUCGAACGAAACAUCGUCGAGUACCUCCGGCAGAGAAAAACGACUUUUCCCGUUGUUCACUUUGGUAAAGUUCGACAAUAACGUUUGCGUUGGGGCAAACGGCGAAAAUGGCACUUGUUUGGCAGCCUCGGAAUGCUCGCAACGCGGGGGUGUAUCCACUGGAAUGUGUGCGAACGGUUAUGGAAUUUGUUGCAUCGUAACUGUGUCCUGCGCCGAGACGACGAUCAACAAUAACACCUAUUUCGUUAAUCCGAAUUAUCCAUCGUCUUUCGAUGGUACUUUGUCUUGUCAGUUGACCUUAAUUAAAUCGCAUCCAGCUGUGUGUCAAUUUAGAUUGGAUUUCGUGCAGUUUAACAUAAGAGGCCCAGAAACGACUAAUCAUCAAUGCAUUUACGAUCAGUUCAUCGUAUCGGGAGGCAAUCCAGUGCCCACUAUAUGCGGAAAUAACGCUGGAAAUCAUAUAUACGUUGAUGCUGGCCUUGGACAUACGAAUCCGGUUACAUUAACAUUCGUUACAAGUGGCAGUUCUUUUCCUCGAUCUUGGAAGGUACGGAUUUCCCAAAUUCGUUGCGAUACUAUAUACAGAGCCGAGGAAGGAUGCUUGCAAUAUUUCACCGGGAUAUCUGGUCAAAUAAAAUCGUUCAAUUAUGAACCAGUUAGCGGAUUGCAAUUGUCAAAUCAGGAUUAUAGUAUUUGUAUUAGAAUGGAAAGGAAUUUCUGUGGUAUUCAGUACAUGGCAUGCCCCGUUGAAGGUCAAGCGAUGAUGUCUAACGGUGCUGCUCCAGCACAAAUGAUACGCAGCAGUGCGUUCACGCUAACAGGGAACACGCAAGGUGUACAGAUUGCAUCAAUGACAGGGGCAGCCUGCCAAACCGAUUGGUUAACUAUUCCUUGUUCAUUCAAUACAGGUAGAUUACCGACAUCCAUGAUGAUGUGCGUUGAUCGAUUUUGCGGGGGUACGUUCAACGCUGAGAAUCAAAAUUUGAACGCGUCUUCUGUUAUCAGUACAGUGAAACCAUUUAGAUUAAUUUUUCAUACGGAUAGCAUCGAGGCACCGAACGAUGUUGGAAACAGAGGAUUCUGUUUGAACUAUGUGCAACAACCUUGCACCACAAAGUUAUGAUGUAUGAAAAGGUGAACAGAAGCACAUAGUUAACACAUUUGCAAAUACAUCCAUACUUUAUUAACUCACCAGCAUCUGUGGAUUUAACGAUUCAGGACAACACAUGAAAUAUGCUAGAAUUAGGUAACACGAAAUCACGAACACUAAGAUAAUCCUGUAUGUUAUUUAACACAGAGGUAGGUUUACUUUUAAUAAGUAGAAAUUCUGUUGGUCAGUCGUUUUUCGUCAUUGUAAUUUGUAAGGUAAAACUGAAAACGAAUAUAACAGUGUAAGUGGGACCCGUUCUGUAAUCG